UCGCUCCCUCCAGCUUGGACUACUCUACAAACAACAUGUGCCACAGUGGAUGUUGCUCUACUGGAUGCUGCUCUGUUGUGAAGAGCAAAACGGUGUGCUGCAGCCCCUGCCAGAAGACCGUUUGCUGUGACCCAUGCCAGAAGACCAUCUGCUGUGACCCAUGCCAGAAGACUGUCUGCUGCAGCCCAUGCCAGCAGUCUUGCUGUGACCCAUGCCAGCAGUCCUGCUGUGACCCAUGCCAGCAGUCUUGCUGUGACCCAUGCCAGAAGCCCUGCUGUGACCCAUGCCAGCAAUCCAUCUGCUGUGACCCUUGCCAGAAGCCCUGCUGUGACCCAUGCCAGCAGUCCAUCUGCUGUGACCCUUGCCAGAAGCCCUGCUGUGACCCAUGCCAGCAGUCUAUCUGCUGUGACCCAUGCCAGAAGCCCUGCUGUGACCCAUGCCAGCAGUCUUGCUGUGACCCAUGCCAGAAGGCUGUCUGCUGUGACCCAUGCCAGCAGUCCUGCUGUGACCCAUGCCAGAAGCCCUGCUGUGAUCCUUGCCAGCAGUCCUGCUGUGACCCGUGCCAGAAGCCCUGCUGUGACCCAUGCCAGCAGUCUUGCUGUGACCCAUGCCAGCAGUCCUGCUGUGACCCAUGCCAGAAGCCCUGCUGUGACCCAUGCCAGCAGUCUUGCUGCGAUCCUUGCCAGCAGUCUUGCUGUGACCCAUGCCAGAAGCCCUGCUGUGACCCUUGCCAGAAGCCCUGCUGUGACCCUUGCCAGCAGUCCUGCUGUGACCCUUGCCAGAAGACCUGCUGCUGCUGCUGUGGCCAGCAAUGCGUGCGGACUUGCUGCUGUGGCUGCCGCCCCUGCUGCUGCUCUGGAUGUCUGUCUUGCUGCUCCUACGUGGUGAAGAAGAAGCCUGUUGUGGUGUGCUGCAGCCCCGUGAACUACUGCUCCCCCAUGAGAAAGUAUUGCAUUCCCAUCCAGCAGUGCUGCACCACAAUCAAGAAGUGCUGCUGAGCCAACUCCGGGUAGGAAAAGCAGUCUGCUGGCUCCCAUCUCUGGCGUGCAACAAGAACAGGCACAAGGGGAUGAAAACCUGACCAUCAUUCACUUGUUUCACAUGAUGACGGAGUAACUGCCUAGCAAUUUUCUUCUGGUUUUCUUCUUUCUUCUUUCCUUUAAUUAUCGAAGAUCUACAAUGCACUUGAAUAUGUCACCCACGGUGUAAGGCAAAGAGAUCUUACAUAUUAUUGUGGCUGUUAGUUCUCUUCUUGGUGUAUGGGACAUGGGAUACUUUUGCUGUUAAUGUCAUCAUUCUUCAUUUUCUUUCUUGACUUGUAGACAAUAAAAC